GAGCUCUGAGACUUAUUUAAACUAGUUGAAAAGGAGGAGAAUAUGUCACCUUUAAGGCUGCUUUCACCAGCUUUUUACCCCCUUAAAGUAAGCAGGAUCUAAAGGGGAUGUGAAUGUGCUGCAGUGUUUUGUCUCAGUAACCUGACGAUGAGGGGCGGCAGAAUCUCAGUCUGUAGGGACUAAGGUCAAGUGACAGUGCAGACCAAAAUAUGGAAGUUGGUCUGGUAGCUUGAGAGGUCACAGGUCACUUCCCGAGUCCAGCUCUGGUGCACCCCCUGUGUAGCUGCCCCACUCUGUCAUCUCUCUUUUAAUGCAUGUCCACAGCUCCUGUUUGUGCAUGUGUGUAGAAUUUCCCCUCAGGGAUCACUAAUGUAAAAUGAAAACUAUUACUGUGUUGGCUGAGCAAGACUACUACUAAAAUAUGCAGCCAUCUUUCCAACUCUCCUAUUUAAAAAAUUGACUGAUAACACUGACUGAAGUGAUAAUUACCGCCUUCUCUUUUCCUGCAGGAUUAUAAAACUGACCAACUUUUAGCACGUUUGUGUUUGCACUGAAAAAUUUAGGAUGUCUACCACAGGAUGGAAAUAUAAAAGCUGCAACCAUGAGCUGUACUUCCCAAACUGUAUUUUUGUAAACGACCAGCCAGGUGUUAAACACACUGGAGACAGAUAUGUGCAGUUCAUAAGAUUUGAAUACAAUGAUUUGAAUAAGGGCAGCCGUUUUCCGCUCAUCAUUAUUGCAUAUUGAGUCCAUCUCUGGUGCAGCAAUGAGCAAGACUGGAGGCUGCUGCAAGAGCUUUCUGCAUUUUCUGUUUGAUUAUGAAACCAAUAAAACACUGGUGAUUACAAGCCUCGGGGUCGGAUGUUUCUUCAGGCUCAGCCAGCUCGCGGUGCUGCUGUAUGCGGUGGGGUAUGUGUUGAUGGUGCAAAAGGCCUACCAGCAGACAGACACAGUCAUGAGUACCAUCACCACUAAAGUGAAAGGGUUCGCCUUCACCAACAGGUCGGACAUGGAUCCACACUUCUGGGAUGUGGCUGAUUAUGUGAUCCCUCCUCAGGGUGGGGAUUCAUUCUUUGUGCUAACGAACAUGGUGAUAACUCCACAUCAAACUCAAUCACGAUGUCUCGAGCUCCCAGGCCCAUCAGCUACUUGUGUGGACGAUUGUGACUGUAUUGAGGGAUACAAUGAUCCUCGAGGCAAUGGUAUUCGGACAGGUCUGUGUGAGAACUAUUCCACCACUGCUCGGACUUGUGAAGUGCUCUCAUGGUGCCCUCUUGAAAAAGACACAAAUCUCCCUCAACACCCACUGCUGGCUGCUGCAGAGAACUUCACAGUGUUGAUCAAAAACAGCGUAACAUACCCCAAGUUUAACUUCCACAUGAGAAACAUAUUGCCUCACAUUAACUCCUCAUACCUCAAGAGGUGCAUAUUCAAUCGUACGACAGAUCCGGACUGCCCUAUAUUUCGCCUUAAACACAUCAUUUCAGAGGCCGGAGAGGACUUUGAAGACAUGGCCGUUAAGGGUGGGAUCCUUGGUAUCAUUAUUGACUGGAGCUGCGACCUGGACUGGUGGGCGGGGAAGUGUUUCCCCAAGUACAGCUUCCGCAGGCUGGACAACAAAAAUCCUACCAAUAACGUGGCUCCUGGUUACAACUUCAGGUUUGCAAAAUACUUCAAGACACCGGAUGGAGCGGAAACCAGAACCCUGAUUAAAGCAUACGGGAUCCGGUUCGAUAUCCUCGUGUUUGGAACGGCAGGGAAAUUUGGAAUUGUACCGAUGAUAGUGAGCUUAGGUGCAGGACUGUCGUUUCUUACUCUGGUUCCUCUUGUUGCUGAUGUGUUUAUGUUGACAUGUGCGAGAAAGAGGCAUCUGUACAACAAACACAAAGUCACAUAUCUGAACGAGGAUGAGGACACUGAACCAAUGUCGAUGGCCACCUCAUAUGGGACACAGUAACGUGGUCACAUCGACGCGGGAACGUUUGUCUGCAGAAGGAAUUUAACCUGUACUUUAAUAAUCACAAUAAAGUAGUAUCACUUCAACAUCAUGAAUUAUCAAAUAAAACAGGUUAAAUGUUAAAAUCUAA